UUCAGGCCAAACCUGCAACCAAAAGCAGCUCUUCUUCUUCCGAUCUCUUCCCGUUCGCUCCUCCUGGCGAGGCGAGCUCUCUCUCUCCUCUCUCUCUCCAAACCCAACCCCAACCCCAACCACCUUCCUGCUGCGAUCCACUCCGCAGAGACCAACAGCUGAGCGCGCGCGGCGGCGGCGGCGGGCGGGGAGGGGGGAGAUGGGGCAAGCUCUGCGGCGGCUCUUCGACGCCUUCUUCUCCACCAGGGAGAUGCGGGUUGUGAUGCUUGGUUUGGAUGCAGCUGGCAAAACAACAAUUCUGUAUAGGCUGCACAUGGGAGAGGUUCUUUCAACGGUUCCUACAGUAGGUUUUAACGUAGAGAAGGUUCAGUACAAGAAUGUUGUAUUUACCGUGUGGGAUGUUGGUGGGCAAGAAAAACUCAGGCCAUUAUGGAAGAUGUACCUCAGUAAUUCUGAUGCACUGAUCUAUGUUGUUGAUUCAUUGGACAGAGAAAGAAUUAUAGAUGCCAGACAAGAAUUCCAGACCAUUAUCAAGGACCCACUGAUGGCAAACAGCAUUAUCUUAGUAUUUGCAAACAAACAGGACCUGAGAGGUUCAAUGAGCCCAGAUGAGGUGAGCGAGGGGCUAGGUCUGCAUGAACUUAAGAACAGGAUAUGGCAUAUACAAGGGACAUGCGCUCUCCGUGGUGAGGGACUCUAUGAUGGGCUUGAUUGGCUGGCAUCUACCCUGAAGCAAUUGCAAGAGACAGGCCAUGCAACUUCAGUUGCUGGUCCUUCCAUCUGAUUUCACUAGAGAAGAUCCCAAUGCUUCUUCAACCAUGUGAUGCUCCUUUGCAGUCCCUGUUCGUCCGACGAGAAUAUGCUCCAGCGCAUGAAUUCCUUCGCCCAUGCGCGAUCUACCGGCUUUCUUGGUGUGGCAGCUCAGCUCAGCUCGCAGAGGGCAUUUGCUUCGUUGUGUUGUUCAUACGAGCAAAACUCAUCUAGUCAUCUGACAUGAACUUGCGGCAUAUCUUUCUCCUUGAAAUGUUUGUAAAUUGCUGUACUUUGUAGUAGGCAACAGCUGAGUAGUGAAGUUGACGACACGGACCGUGCAAUGUGUAUACUUUUGAUGGGGGGCCUGUCCACAUGAUUGUUUGCAAGAUUGCAUAUCGAUAAUAAGAAGGUUGGAUGUUGAUUUUGUGAUACA